AUGAUGACUCGGAUUUCUCACUGCUCGGUGCGAGCCAAGAGCCGGGCUCAGAUGCGCGGGGAAUUUCCUCGCCCCCCGCCGCCAGCUCAGUUACAUAACGGGCACUCGGACACGAAGCUCAGGCAGGGGCCGAGAUCUCCGGGGGCCCAGGAGGCUGUGAGCGGCGCCGCGGCGUCGGAGGCCUGGGCCGGCAGGUACCUGCUGCAGCAGGCCAAGAUCGGGGAGAAGACCCAGGAUGCCAACACGUUGCUGUGCAUCUCGAGGGCCAUCGACCGCUUCACGGUGGAGGCCCCGGGGGCGGACGGUCAGCCGUGCCUCGCCGCGGGGUUGGCGCGUGCCCGCCAGCCGGCGCUGGUCAUCGGCGUGCAGAGCGACAUCCUCUUCCCCGUCUGGCAGCAGCGGGAGGUCGCGCAGGCCCUGCGCGCCGCUGGCAACCGGCACGUGGUCUACUACGAGCUCGACUCCGUCCACGGGCACUCCGCGUUCCUCCACGAGGCCGACCAGAUGGGGCCCGCGAUCCUGGGGCACCUGAGCCAGGGAGCCGCUUUCCCCAGGAUCCAGGACCCGCUCUCCCCAGGAUCCAGGACCCGCUCGCCCCAGGAUCCAGGACACUCCCACCGGUGCCUCAAGGGCACGGUGGCAGAGACGGAGCACGUGGCGCCAUCGCAAGUGGCUCGUUCUGGGCCGCUCCUCGCCGGGGACAGCGCGGACCGCGCCUCGCCCGGGACCGCACUGGACCCUCUCGUGCAGAGGUGCCUCUUCCGCUGCGCCGACGCCGGCGUGCUCCGGCAGCAGCUCCGCUUCGACGAGGCCGCGGCGAAGAACCGACCGGUCUCCAAGGUCAUCACGCUGCUGAAGGACAUGUUGAAGCAGCUGGAGAAGGAGGCCGAAGAGGACGAGGAGAUCUACGACAAGAUGGCCUGCUGGUGCGAGACGAACGACAAGGAGAAGACCAAGGCCAUCGCCGACGCCGAGGCCCGCAUCGCGGACCUCACCUCGCAGAUCGAGGAGGCCACGGCGCUGAGCGCCCGCCUCUCCACGGAGAUCAAGAACCUCGAGAAGGAGGUCGCCAAAAACCAGGAGGCCCUCGACAAGGCCACGGCCAUCCGCCAGAAGGAGCUGGCGGAGUUUAACGCCGAGGAGAAGGACCUGCUGGAGUCCAUCUCCGCGCUCAAGGCGGCGGUGACUGUGCUCUCGAAGCACCACGGCAGCUCCGCGGCCAUGCUGCAGGCACCCAAGGCGCAGCUCGCGAGCGUCGUCGGCAAGCUGCGCAGCGCGCUGGAAAAGCACCGGCAGCUGCUCAUCGGUGCCUUCUCGCCCAGCGAGCGGAGGGCCAUCGACGCCUUCCUGCAGGCCCCUGGGGACUACUUCGACGCGUCGCCCACGUUCAAGCAGUCCUACGCGCCCCAGUCUGGCGAGAUCUUCGGCAUCCUGAAGCAAAUGAAGGAGACCUUCGAGGCGGACUUGUCCGACGCGCAGAAACAGGAGAUGGAGAACCAGAAGGCCUACGAGGAACUCAAGGCGGCCAAGCAGGAGGAGAUCGCCGCCGGCCAGGCCCAGCUGGACACGAAGUCCCAGGAGCUCGCCUCGACCGACGAGAAGCUGGCGCUCGCCAAGGAAGACAUCGAGGACACCAAGAACAGUCUCGCCGCCGACCAGCAGUUCCUGAUGAUGCUCAAGGAGAAGUGCUCCAUGUCCGACAAG